AUGGCCACCCUCGACAACGACACCAAGAAGCUGAUCGAAUCGUCGUAUCCGCAAGUUAAAGAUGUGGAGACCGACCCGGUCAAGGCGUCCUCUUCCAUCUUCCAAGACACUGAAUACUCCAGCGCAGAGAAGACCGAAAUCGAGCAAUGGCUGAUCACAUCCCACCACAUCGCCUCCAGCACCGAAGACAGCGCCAAAACAUCCGAGCGUCUCUCCACCCUCAACACCCAUCUUUCCACCCGCACAACCCUCCUCGGCAGCAAACCCAGCAUAGCCGAUGUUGCUUUGUACGCCCGCAUGGCGCCUGUUGUGAAAGACUGGUCGGACGAGCAGCGGACAGGUGAGCAAGGCUACCAUCACAUCGUUCGACAUCUCGACUUCGUCCAAAACGCACCGAUGUUCGGCUUGAAGCUGUCCGACUCGGACAAGGCCAAUAUCGACCCCAGCAAGGUGGUCAGCCCGAUCAAGCCAGUCGACGCAAAGGCGGAGAAGGAGCGAAAGAAGAAGGAGAAGGCUCUGGCUUCAGCGGGUGCCGACACAGCAGCGGCAGCCGGAGGAACGGUAACCAAUGCUGCAUCGUCCGACGCUCAGAACGCGGAGAAGGGCAAGUCGAAGAAGGAGAAAGCGAAGGAUCUGGGUGACAGAGUCGCGACCGCAGUCGGUGCAGAAGUACCAGGCGUGAGCAAGAAGAAGGAAAAGGCACCGAAGCAGCCCAAAAAUGCGCCAGCACCCGAAAAGCCCUUCUCGCCUGCCCUCAUCGAUCUGCGGGUUGGACACAUCCUGAAGGCCGAGCAACAUCCUAACGCAGAUUCGCUAUACGUCAGCACCAUUGCAUGUGGCGACGCGCCUGGAACGGACAAUACCUCCGAGUACGAAGGCAAAGUCGUGCGGACAGUGUGCUCAGGGCUGAACGGGCUGGUGCCGCUAGAGGAGAUGCAAGGUCGCAAGAUCGUCGCCGUCUGCAACCUCAAGCCCGUGACGAUGCGAGGGAUCAAGAGCGCGGCAAUGGUGCUUGCGGCGUCGCCUAGACUUGCGCCUGGAGAGACGGACAACCAUGCCGGGCCAGUGGAGCUUGUCAAUCCGCCUACUGGUGCCGAGGCAGGAGAGCGCGUGUUCUUUGAAGGAUGGGAGGGCGAGCCAGAGCCUGUGCUCAACCCGAAGAAGAAGGUGUGGGAUGAUUGCCAAGUGGGCUUCACGACAACGGAGGAUAAGGUGGUGGCGUUCGAUGCGAGCGCAGUGGAGAAGUUGAAGGAGAGUGGGAAGGGGGUUGCGCAGUUGAAGACGAAGGAGGGGGUGUGUACGGUGAAGAGUCUGAGCGGCGCUACUGUGCGAUGA